UACAAUACUAUUGACCACUGCUGUCACAGAACAUCCGCGACAAUGAGUUCGAAUCUUGACUUCUCAUCAGAAGGUCUCUUGGAUCUAAACUUUGACCAUCGAGAUCCCAGAUAUCCGUUCACGACCAGUAUGGCAGCUCGCUCGACGUGGCCUAUGCCUCUCGAUACUAUGGCCUCAGGAACUGUUGAUGACGAGUCUCGCUCUCCCGGGCACAAUCAGCAAUACGCUGCUCACCACAACUCACCGACCCUCCUAACCGACUGGCCGAUGCAACAGCAACAACCUCAGCAACUCCCACAAUAUAUACAGGACAAUUCGUUGAUGGGGACGCAAUUCAAUGCUUUCGGAGGCACCUUUCAAUCACCUCUAGAGUAUCACCUCCCGUCGACGCAAGCAGCUUUUGAAGCCGGACUUCAAAUGGAGGCCCCAUUCAAUGGACUUGCACAGUCGGUGGAAGCUCAAGCAGCGAUGUGGGCGAACUGGCAUGAGAUUGAGAAUGCAAUGAACUUCACGGGUGCCAACGAUGGCUUGCCCAGUAUAGGUCGUCAAAGCCUUGGAAGCAACUCCCCGACAGGAACCUACCUGGAGGUUUUGUCGCUCCCAAGCUCGAGUAGUGACAAUGGAUGGGCUACGGUUGAUCACUUUCCCAACUUCGAGGCAUACCAACAAGCUCAGAAUGCUGCUAUUUUCAAUCCUGGACAGACACUUCAUCUACGAACUCACUCAGACUCAUCUCAAUCAGACGGCACAGGCCACACCAUCGAAUCCUUCGUGGGCAGCUUCGAAGACAUCUCAUAUCCAUACUCGCCUUACUCACCCGAUUCUGACAACUACCUCGACGUUUCUGGACACCGAAACUGCUUUCAUGGCGAGUCGCAUCACCACAACCAUGAGACAGUUAGCCCCGCCGCCGCUGUUGCACCUGUUCCUAUCAAGAUGUCGCCAUCAAGCCGUACCACUCCAUCAUCCACUUCGUCCCCUCCCGCCCGAAGGAACUCAGCUCCAAGGAAAAGCCCCACAGCGAAGGCCACCAAGGCCGUCAUUCGGAGAACAACAUCAAAUGGAAAGAAAGAUACUGAGAAGCGCGUUGGACGAAGACGCGGACCAUUAUUGCCAGAGCAGCGAAAGCAAGCGAGUGAAAUCAGAAAGUUGCGAGCCUGCUUACGAUGCAAGUUCCUCAAGAAGACUUGUGACAAGGGAGAACCAUGUGCCGGCUGCCAGCCUUCGCAUGCUAGACUCUGGCAGGUGCCUUGUACUCGGAUUGAUAUCAAGGAUAUUGGCUAUUUCAUGAAGGACUGGAGAGCGGAUUACGAGCGACAUGCCGGCCGUGGGGUUUCUGUCUACAACAUCAAGGGCUUUGCUCAAAAGGAAGAGCUUAUCUGGAUCACCCAUGGCUACGGAUUCGCUAUUCCCAUCAUGGCUCGCGAGGUAUACGUUAGCGACGACAGUUGCUUCACCGUCGACUGGGUCGAGACCGAGCACGAGGAGCCUCUCGAAUUCGAUACUCGCACUGAGCGCAUGUCGGCUGGAUCAGAAGGUAUCUCUACUGAGGCACUGUCGGAGUAUCUUGACAAGCAUCUGGACGGACCUUUCGAGGAGUUCAUUGAUGACUACUUUGAGGGAACCCCAUUCAUCACUGAGAUCCUGAAGACUGCCCAUCGCUACUAUGUCAAGGAGAAGGUGCCAGUGAUCCGAAAAGCCUUGAAGCUUGUUCUUGCGUACAACCUCACUCUCCAUGUCACCAUGGUCGAGCAACGUGGCGACGAACACCCAAUGGAAGGGUAUAUCGAUGAUGAGGACUCUAAGUACAACGGCAAGAUUAUCGCACCCGUCAUGAUCAACUUCCAGAUCAAAUGUGCCUUAGCCGACAUGUGGCGUGAGCUGCAAAAGGAAAUUCUUGAGGAACUUUCUUCGCUCUACUCGAGUGUCUACAGUGGUGACAGGCUCAAGAACUGGCCCACCAUCUUCAUGCUUGCUUCUAUCCUCCUUGCUGUCUGGGAGGAGAUGCAAUUCGAUUGCCACUACCGUGUUCCCGAUGCUGCCGCUGUCAACAAAUUCUGCAGUGACAUGGAGACGACCCCAGUUGGUGUUAUCGUCGGUCUCUUCCACGCCAUCUCCCAGAAGCUUCCUUCUUUCACCGAGUGGGAUACCCGAAGACACGGUCAACUCCUGAACAACAACGUCGCCGUUUGCGAAGCAAUGACUGAAAUGAAAGAACAUGUCACCAAGCACGAAUCCUACCUCAAGACACGUCCCGAUGCAAAGUUCGACCGAAGAGACUUUGACUGCCUGUCAAAUAAGUUUUUGUCGAAACUUGUCAUCCGUGCCAACUAG